UAUGUAAACUCUUGUGGGUACCAAAAAAGGAUAAAUUUAUCAUCUUGAAAUCAAUAGACCUAAAUAACUGUACAUCCUAUUAAUAAUCCUAGCAAUGCUAUGUCAAGUCAACUCUUUCAAGAUUUCAAGACUGUCGUCGAUAUUAUUAAUUAAACUGAUGAUGUUAGAGUUGUAGUAUUGACAGGAAGAGGAAAACAUUUCUGUGCUGGUCUUGAUCUCAAAGAAGCUCCAUAAAUGUUCUAAGUACUCAAUUAAAUUUAUUAUUACCUAGUUUCCAGAUGAAUUAGAUUAAGCAAGAAGAUCAAUUAGAAUCUAUGAUCUAAUCAAGGAUUGGCAAUUUGCUAUGACUUCAUUAUCUAGAAUCAGAGUCCCUGUAAUAGUAGGCAUAUAAGGAUACUGUUUGGGUGGUGGUAUUGAUCUAAUUACUUCUGCUGAUAUUAGAUAUUGUUCGGAAGAUGCAAAUUUCUCAAUCAAAGAAAUUGAUAUAGGAAUGUAAAUUAACAUUCAUUCAUUUUUUAGGGCAGCUGAUAUAGGAACACUUUAAAGAUUGGGUGUAUAGAAUGCUAAUACAUCACUCUUUAGAGAAUUGGCAUAUACAGGAAGAAUUUUUAAUGCUUAAGAGGCCUUAUCAUUGGGUUUAGUUAGCAAAGUAGUUAAGAAUGAUUAGUUAAAUGAUGAGAUUUUUAAGCUUGCUGAGAUCAUAGCUUCAAAGUCUCCUGUAGGAUGCUAUACAAUUAAAAGCAUUGUGACUAGAGAAUAAAAUUUAGAUUCUUAAUUAGAUGUUAUGGCAAGAACAAAUAUGGCCAUGCUUUUUACAAAUGAUAUGGCUACUGCAAUUACAGCUUCAAUGACAAAAGGAAAAGCUGAAUUUCCAAAAUUAUGAGU